UUAUUUUUUUAUGCUCAGCUAUGCACCUUUGUGGAUACACCAGUUUCUGAAAACUUCUCGGCCUCAAAACCUUCAUUUUCAGAUACAACCUUAUAAGAGAGCUCUCUUCGUCUUCUUUUUGAGGUCAGGCCGUUGAAAUCUUUGGUAAAAGAUACACCUUGCGUGCACUAGGCUACCAAAGAAAGAAUGUCAAUGCACUGACCCGGACCGCUACCUUCACCCAUGUGUAGUACCUCCGCCAAUCAAAAUUUCAAGACAGAUUUUGAUGUCCUGUGUUCAAGUCAUCUUGGACGUCAGCUGUAGCCUACUAACAGCGACUCUUACCUGCGCCUAUUUUCGUUCGGUUUCAGGUGAUACAAAUAUGUUUUUAUAACUUAAUUGUUUUAAAACGCGAAAAUGGUCACUCCUGCUCGAGUUUUUCGUAAACUUGAAGGGUUAUUUGCUGUAUAUAAGCCGUCCGGAAUUCACUGGAAACUCGUCCGUGACAACAUAGAAGCGAAUCUCCUUAAAGAAAUCAAUGCUGCCCCACCUCCUGCCCCCAAACUUGAGGUUCGUUUCCAGGCUCUACCCAGCGGAGAGUCAGGAACAUCCAAGGCACUAACUAUGGCAGCCAUUCAGUUCCCAGUCCUCGCUACUAGUCCUCAAGUGAGAGGACCACGGUAUAGGACCCUCAAGGUGGGAGUGGGCCAUCGUCUGGAUGCAUUCUCGUCUGGAGUGCUUGUUCUAGGUGUUGGACAAGCAAACAAGGCCCUGGCAGAGUUCUACAGCUCGGCUGUUACAAGGGAUUACACAUUAGAGGGGGAGUUCGGGAUGGCCACAGACGACUUUUCUGACACCGGACGCAUCAUAGAAAGGACUACAUUUGAACAUAUCACCCUGGUGAAACUGGAGAAGAUCCUGGCCAUGAUUCAGGGGGGCCAUCAGAAAGCUCUCAUCACAUACUCGGGAGUGGACCUCCAGUCUCAGGAGGCAUAUCAGCUGGCGGCUCAGGGGAUACUGCAUCCACAGAGCAAGUCUCCCAUCCUCAAGGGUCUGCGCUGCAUCCAUUUCAAGCCCCCCCACUUCACCCUUGAGGCUCAGUGUGUGAAUGAGACACAGCAUUACUUGCGCAAACUGGUCCAUGAAGUGGGUCUGGAGCUGCGCAGUACUGCCGUCUGCACAGGUGUACGACGCACACGCGAUGGGCUCUUCGGCCUUCAGGAGGCGCUCACGCGACAGCACUGGACCGCCUCAGACAUUCAGCGCACCAUCAAGGUGCACCACUCAAUGCUGAAGGACCUCAAGAAGGCCGGCAACUCUGGACAUGCAGAAGAGGAUGCUCAGCCAGAGCAGCACUACCAGCAGACAGGCACAGGAGAACACUCCACAGCCAGUAUCACUGGGACUGGCUCAAAGCAGCUGCAUUCUGCUGCAAAGGAAGCAGCCGAAAAUACACCAUCCUUAUAGGGUGUGGUUAUUAAUUACACAAAUACAAUUGUUAAGUGGGUCUUCGUGGAUGUUUGGUCAGCUACAAACAUUUUCCCCUCUUGAUGCUUGAUACUUGGAUUUGUUGGUAAUUUCUUAUGUCAGUGUUUUUUGGACAGUAUCUGUCCCAUUACUGUUUAGAUGUACCCUGUUUUCAUCAGCACGGUACCUGUGGUAUUGCUUCAGAUAAAUGUUUUCGAAUCCUCUCUCUGAAUUAUGUUUUUUCAGAAUAUAUUACAAGAUGCUAAUUAAAAUUUGUCUCAUACAUGA